CUCUUUCCCUCUCUCCCUAUUACAGAGAUUGAGGAUAUGUCCCCCAGAAUGUCCCGGGUCUUCACAGCAGACACCAUGCAGCGUGUGUCCUGUACGGCCCCGCAUGGAAAGCCCCAGCCUGAGGUGUGGUGGGAGCGGGAAGGGGUGCGGGUCCCCACGGAGGGACGGGUGUACCAGGAAGGCAGUGAACUGGUCUUCAGCCCCACCGAGCAGGGCGACUCAGGCUCCUACACCUGCGUGGCCCAAAACAAGGCGGGCCGCAAGACCCAGGAGCUGAUCUUCACAGUGGCCACUGCACCAGUGUGGGUAACCAAGCCCCAGGACAGCUACCUGGAGGAGGGAAGACCAGGCUACCUCCAUUGCCACGCUCAGGCUACCCCUGAGCCUGAGGUCACGUGGCACCGAAACAGCAUUAUGGUCAUGCCUGAGGACCCACGCUUUACAGUGUUCCCCAAUGGUACUCUGCGCAUCAAUAAUGUGGAGGUGUAUGAUGGUCAGAUGUAUGCCUGUGUGAGCAGGACAGAGGGAGGCAAGCUGUCUGGAAAUGCCAGAGUCUAUGUACUGGAGAAACUGAAGUUCACCCCUACGCCCCAGCCAACUCAGUGCCUGGAGCUGGACAAGGAGGUCAACAUCCAGUGUUCUGCCACAGGCAGAGAGACCCCCACCAUCAAAUGGACCAAAGCAGAUGGUGGAGAGCUGCUUCCUCAUGUGGAGAUGAGGAAUAGCCAGCUCCACUUCACCAAAGUGACGCGCAGCGACGCAGGAAACUACACCUGUAUCGCCUCCAACAGCCUACAGGGGGAGAUCAGAGCCAUGGUCGGCCUCACUGUGGCAGUGUAUAUCCGCUUUAAGCUGGAGCCAGAGAACACCACAGUGUACCAGGGCCACACAGCCAUCCUACACUGCCAGGCCACAGCAGACCCAGAGCCCCGCGUCCAGUGGAUGGUCAAGGAUAAGGUGCUGGACACCAGCAGGAGAAGGUUCCAGUUAAUGGUCAAUGGCUCUCUGGUGAUAACAGAUGUCACCACGGAUGACACAGGCAAAUACACCUGCAUUGCCGGAAACAGCUGCAGCAUCAGUGACCGUGUGGCACAGCUCUACGUAGUGGAGAAACCGGUGCAGACAUUGGUGGACCACGAGGAGAAGGCACCCUAUAAAAUGAUUCAGACUAUAGGUUUGUCUGUGGGGGCAGCCGUGGCCUACAUCAUCGUGGUGCUGGGCCUCAUGUUCUACUGCAAGAAGAGACGCAACGCCAAGAGACUGCAGAAGGGCCAGGAGGGAGAGGAGCCCGAGAUGGAGUGUCUUAACAGGGGCGCUGUACAGCAGAAUGGCCACACCACCGCUGAGAUCCAGGAAGAGGUGGCUUUGACCAGCGUGGGCACCACAGCGGCAGCAGAGAAACGCCAUAGCAGUGCCAACGAAAAGCUUCAGUUCCCCCGAGAAGACCUACACACCAUCACGACACUGGGGAAGGGUGAGUUUGGCGAGGUGCUGCUGGCCAAGGCGAAGGGCAUCGAGGAGGGUGAGGAGGAGACCGUGGUGUUGGUGAAGAGCCUGCAGAGCAGAGAUGAGCAGCGACAGCUGGAUUUCCGCCGUGAGGCCGACAUGUUCUCCAAGCUGAGCCACGGCAAUGUGGUGCGACUGCUGGGACUCUGUAGGGAGGCCGAGCCCCACUAUAUGAUCCUGGAGUAUUAUGACCUGGGAGAUCUGAAACAGUUCUUGAGAAUCUCCAAUAGCAAAGAUGAGAAAAUCAAGUCUCAACCUAUCACCACCAAGACCAGAGUAUCCAUCUGUGCCCAGGUGGCUCUUGGGAUGGAGCACAUGUCCAAUCACCGCUUCGUUCAUAAAGACCUGGCUGCUCGUAACUGCCUGAUCAGCGGCCAACGCAGCGUCAAAAUCUCAGCUCCCAGCCUCAGCAAGGAUGUUUACAACAGUGAGUACUACCACUACCGGCAGGCGUGGAUCCCCCUGCGCUGGCUCCCGGCCGAGUCUGUGUUUGAGGAUGACUUCUCCACCAAGUCAGAUGUCUGGGCCUUUGGGGUGCUCAUGUGGGAGGUGUUCAACCACGAACUGCCAUACACCAAACUCAGUGAUGACGAGGUGCUAGAGGGUCUGCAGGCCGGCAAGAUGAAGUUACCCGCACUUGACGGCUGCCCCUCCAAAGUCUACAAGUUCAUGUGCCGCUGCUGGGCCCCAAGUCUCAAAGAGCGUCCCUCCUUCAGCGAGGUCGUCAACACCCUGGGGGAUCUGUCCUCUGACAGCAAUGUCUGAAAGGAGGACAACUGAACCCACCCCACCCCACCGCAAGGAGUGAC